GGUUUUUUCCAGUCCUAUGCAGUGGAAGUAGAUGUAAAGGAUGCCUCUAAUGCUACGUGUCUGUAUGCAAAAUGGAUGAUGAGAUUCUUGAUAAAAUAUGAAACAAACAGUAGUGAUUAUAAAAGCACAACCUUGAAUUUGUCAUCCAGUGUGACACACAAUGGGAGUGUCUGUGGGAAUGACACACAAGCUGCGCUUCUGGCAGUACAGUUUGGAGGAGGUCACUCGUGGAGCGUUAACUUUACAAAAACCAAUGAAACUUACCAGGGGGACUUCAUCACGUUUACCUACAACACCAACGAUACUGCUGUUUUUCCUGAUGCUAAAAGAAAAGGACUAAUUACUGUUGUUGUAAAGGAUACUAUGCGUCCAGUUCAACUGAAUAACGUCUUUGUGUGUCAUAGUACUGACUCUCUUGAAGCUGAAAACGUAACACAGAUUUUCUGGAAUGUUACUGUGCAGGCUUUUGUUCAGAAUGGCACAAUUGGUAAAAAAGAGUCUAGAUGUCGUGCUGAUAUGCCUACUUCUGCACCUACUGUUCCGCCCACUAUUGCGAACGUAACUACCGCAUCUACCACCACUUCAUCGCCUGCUCCAACCACUGCUCCCAAACCUGUGCAGGCUCCAGACACAGGAAACUAUUCUCUUGAAAGUGGAAAUAAAACUUGUUUUCUGGCUAGUGUGGGGCUGCAGCUCAACGUUUCCCAAGACAAGCCUCUUCUGAUCAACAUCAAUCCAAAGACAACUAGCGCAGAUGGUGUAUGUGGCAACACAACAGCUACUCUGAAACUGAAUGAUGGAAAUAGCACGUUGAUUAGUUUCACAUUUGUUGUUAGAAACGCAAGUGCAAACGUACAAAAAUACCACCUGAAAGAGGUCAAUGUUACACUGCUCAACCGGCUGAAUGGUUCUGUCAUUUCAAAUGCAGAUAACAACAAUUUCAGCAAGUGGGAUGCUUUCCUUGGUAGUUCUUAUAUGUGCCGAAAAGAGCAAACUCUUCAGAUUAAUGAAGAAUUUCAAAUACAUACUUUUAAUCUAUGGAUUCAGCCAUUCCUUGUGAGGGAAAAUAAGUUCUCAGAAGCCCAGGAGUGCUCGCUGGAUGAUGACAGCAUUCUAAUCCCAAUUGUAGUUGGUGCUGCACUUGCUGGCUUGAUUGCCAUUAUAGUGGUUGCUUACAUAAUUGGCAGAAGAAAAAGCUAUGCUGGAUAUCAAACUUUGUGAAUCUAAACGUGAAUCCUGUUCUGAUUUCACUCUAAACAAAGCAAGUGCAAGUUCUGAAGUCCGAAAAAGACCCAAAACUUAGGAGUAAUUACUAGCCACACCUAAUUGGAGUUGAGAAACAGAGAAUGUUUGUCUCAGAUGAAGCAGAACUACAUUUUUAGUUUUCCUGCUCAAAGAAGACGACGUGGGUUUCAUAGCUGUUUUGAAGAUGUCAAAUACUGGGUGAAUUGCUAGGCUAAGGAUUUUAUCUUGCAAAAACCCUAAAGUGUUUAGGAUUUAUCUCUGCUUUUUACGAAUUGUAGCCUGAAACAAGAUCACAUUCUAGAUGUGCAUUGGGCAAUUCCCUGAAUAGCAUAGAAUUUGUACUUGCUUCUCUCCUCUGCGUUCCUUAGUUGU